AUCUUCAGAGCAGAAUGGCGGCUCUUUUGGAAUCGGUGCUGCAGAGUAAAGUGGAGUUAAGCGAGGCUGUGCUGUGGCUCAAAGGACUACAUGUUUGUGAAUCGCAAAACUUUCCAUCCAGGGUCACCAAAGAGGAGUUUGUGCCUUUCCUUUUGAAUUUUUUGCGGGACCAGAGCAGUCAGACAUUAACCCAUGGCCCUGCCACCCCUGCUAAGACACCCAGCACCUCCAGAUCUGUCAGGAUUCAGAACUCUUCAGAGCGGAGAGUCAGCAAAUCUACACCGGUCCAGGGUCUGCGCAGUGCCAGUCGAGUUCAGCUGUUCUCUCCUGCCCCAUUUACGUCCCCGGGGGGUGGGAAGAAUGACCAAGACACCCCAUUUACAGGCUCUCUUUGUUUGAGUGGCAUCAGUGCCCUCAGCAGCCCUUCCUUCAGCUCAGUCUGGAGUCCUGUGCCCCGUAACAGCCCUUCCGAGCGCCGUUCUGCCCAGCGGCCCAGUCUGGGAGACUUCAUGACAUCACCUCCAGAGACCCAGCCCAGCCCCUCCGCACCGCCACACAGAGGCCGCAGGAGGAGUGCCGGGUUUGGUGGGGGGACGUCCAGCCGGCAGACGGGAGCUCGUGGUGCUGUCUCAGAGGAAGGAGGUGGCAGGAGGAGUAGAGGUGGGGGGAGAAACGAUUCGGUGUCACCUCAGACACAGGUGCAGCUCAACUUCAAUAAUUUGGAAGACUUUCCUCCAAUGGCCCAGCCUUCACCAAUAGCAACCAAACCUUCACGGAGAAUUAACCCAACACCUGUAAGUGCAGAGCGGCCGAACUCUAAACCUAAGAGCUGCUUUACCUCCACCCCUCUCAGCCUUCCUGCCAGUCCUCCUAAAAUACCCGAGAGCACUGGCAGUCCUCACAAUCUGCAGGAGGAGAGGGAGCUGCUGAAGAGAGAACGGUCUAAACUUGCCCAGCAGACCAGCUCUCCACUAAAAACCAACUCCGAAAUCUGUACCCCAACCAAAACAGUGCAUAUGCAAGGCUCAAAAGUGACUCCUGAUUCCCAGUUGCCUUGCCCUGACCCUGACAAAGUGACACAGAAAUCAGAGUUGGAUCUCUUAGCGGGGCUGUAUUGUGCCUGCAUUUCAGAAAACCUGGUUCCAUGUAUCUUCCUGGAGAUGUUCUUUGUACUGCAGCUCUUGACAUCUCGUGGCGUGUCUGGGUCUGAAUCUGCAGAGCAAGGAAUCAGUGUUUGUGAAGACAGUCCAGAUGUUCUGGAAAAAGCUUACCUAGGAAAUGUCCACAACUGUGUGUAUUUUUCUGUGAGAGUGUUGGAGAAACAGUUUGAGUUGGUGUCACACCUGGAUAAAUGCACAUUACGGCUUCUGUCUGAAAAUGAGAGAGUGGGGACUUUCUCCUCCUCCCUUAAAGACUGCUUGGCAGAAGCUCAAGACAACUGCACAGCUAAAGUACCUCCUAGUCCGCCCUUAUUUGUUCAUUCAGUCCCGUUCCAGCCUGCCACAGACAACCGCUCUAAUUUUAGCAGCGACAAGGCCUUUCACACCUUUAAAAAGCAGAGGGAUGUGUUUUAUGGGCUCCUCAGAGAAUGGGAGGACUCUCAUAAGGAGCCUGGCUGGGAUUUUGAGGCAGCAUUAGGCAAUAGAGUCAGGAUGAUGGUCAGUCAGCUCACAGCAGCAGGAAGCCAGUCUCACUUUGCUAGACUCUUCCAGAAGCAGCUUGUCCAGAUGUGUAAGGGCCCGAGUGUGCUGGCCUCCUCCAGUGAUGCACCUGAUGCUGAUCUGCUUGGCAUGCUGGGGGCAGACAGCCUUGGCCGUCUAAAGCGCCUACAGCAGCGUCUGGUCCAGCCUCAGAGUCUCAUUGGUCCCUGUCCUCCACCUUCCUUUCCUGGACAUCAGGAGUUCUUCAAGGGCUUUCUUCAGACAGCCAGCAGCUGCCAGCUAAAUCAGCACCUGAAAGAUGGUCUGUGUCAGCAGCUGCUGAAGCUGGAUGAGGUGUCCAUUCUCGGUCCAGAUGCGAGCCCUGCCCAGGGAGAGAAGACGGCUGAUGGAGACAUGGAGCAGCAGGAUGAGAAACAGCGAUUCUCCUCUGUGCUGCUCACCGCUAGACUUCUGGCCAAGUUUUUGGGUUUCAUCACUUUCCUACCUUACCAGACCUCUGAGCUACCAUCAAGAGACAUACAGGAUGCUGCAGUCGCUCUGCGGAGCAAGAGUUUUCCAGUUCUGGACGUGUGCACGGUGUUGAGGAAUUCAGUCCAUCGUAGACGCACAAUUCUGACAGUGCCAUGGAUGGUGGAGUUCUUAUCUAUGCUGGAUUACAUUGGACCACUUCUGCCUUGUUACAGGACCGCUCUGUGCCUUCUACUCCAGAUCUACAAGAGGAUGGUAUUGGGUCGAGGAGGAGAGCUGUGCUACAUGAAUCAACUGCUCAUGGUUGCAGUUUUAGGCUGGCUCUUCCAGAUCCCAGUUUUUCCAGAAGAUCUCUUCUUCAGUGCAGAUCUAAAGGAAGAAAUGAAAGAACUGGAAAAUAAAACAAGCUCUCAGGGCCUGGACACACUCCCAUUAGUGGACCAACAGCUUCUCUACACUUGCUGUCCAUAUUUGGGGGAGUUUCGUAAACUUCUUGCUGCUUUUGUGGCUGGUAGCACAUCCAAGAGUGGAGGCUUGAUUCGCAAGAUCACCCCCACGUCUGCAGAACCAAGGGGUCCUUCGACUACACGUUCACAGCAGAAACUUCAGGUUGACCUGGAGCAGGCCUUUUUUCACAACCAACCCCCUUCUCUGAGGCGUACUGUAGAGUUUGUUGCUGAGAGGGUCGGCUCCAACUGCGUCAAACACAUUAAAGCAACACUUGUGUUGGAGCUUGUGAGGGGUGGUGAGAAAACUCUCAGGGAUAGCUUGGGUAUGGAGGGCGUAAACACUGCCAAGCUAAACGACUGUAUCUGUGCUCAGCUGUGUGAUGCGGGCAUGCAAGCUCUGGAGAGAGCAACCAGGUUCUGCAGUGAGAAUGCUCCAGGAGCUGUCCGAGUUCUUCUUCCUCUGGAGACCUCUCCUUCUGUCUUGACCACAGCUAAGAGCAUCACCACUCGUUUGGCUACAGAAAAGGCUUGCAGCUGGCUGUCUUCCAACAUCACAACACUGCUAAAGAGGGAGUGGAAGAGUGCCUUUGAGAGGGUAAUGAAGAGCGUGCCCUCACCCCUCAGUGUAGAUGCUGAAGAGGCUGAAGGAUUAAGCAGGAGUCAGCAGGUCCAGAAGAGUGCCUCAGGGCUCAGUGCUGGGUCCACCUGUGUUCCAGGCUGUGCUCAUAAAGUUCCACUUGGAUCAGAAGUCAUGAUUGAAAUUAAGGACGUUCUGAGUGUUGCUGUAGGACCCAGAUCUGAUGAUGAGGUUUUCACGGUUCGUCAGAUUGAGUCUGUAUUGGACAGGGUGGGACAAACACUUGGAUGCCGAAAACGUCUCUCUCCGGUGGUCGAGCAGAUGCUGUUGCGUUGUACUGUUCAGCUGGCCUGCAAACUUGUAUCUGGAGAGCUGCCGCUGGUGUCCUCCGCCGAGGGGAACAAGAGACCUGAUCUUCUGGAAAGGUUUCUGGUUCUGUGGUCUUGGACUCCCGCUCCACCUCUGCACCUUCUUCUCACUGAACCCACUUUGACUGCCAUAUUUACUGCUACCGAUAGAGAGAGGACUGACUACCUGUUCCUGAUCAGACAGCUAAUAGAGAGGGGUCUUUUAGGAGAGCAGGAAGUGGGUACAAACUGGGCAAAGUUGUCUGCGUUAUCUUGGCCAGAGGAGUCUGUUGAAAAGUUUCAGCAGCUAUCUUUGGCCACCCAGUUCUCAAUGCCACAACUUCCCAACCACAGGGAUCUGCUGCAGGUCUCUCAGUGACCACUAGGAGGACAGAUGAGUCUUUACCAGCUGGACACUUUAAAGACAGAAGAACACUAUUGUAGUGAUCUAUGAAUGAUUUGUAUUUCAACUUUCAACAAGAUACUCUUUAAU